GUUCAAUGAAAGGCUGGAACUGAAUUAAGAACCAAGAAAUGGCGUGUCUAAGGAUAUUAAAAAGUUUGAUCUCUUAGAUAGCUUAGAAAGAAUGAAUCUAAGCAUGGAAGCAAAUCUAUUGUGCCUUCUAAUACUACUGUUUGUUCCUGAUGUAAACUCAGCGGCCAGCGACAUAGCUUCCGUUGACUUUAUUGAUGUGUGCGAGGUGAAAUUAUUCUCCCAGUCAAAUACCGAGCCGUUUGGGCAGUUGUGCUCGCUAUGUGUUAAGUUCCAGAAUCCAGAAAAAGUCAUCCAAAAAGUACCCUUAGCUUACUUACACGAGAAGAAAAAUGGCAACAAUUGUAAUGAUUAUGGAGGAUUUAACGGUAUGGUGGUCACUAAUGAUGCGAAUUGGACUUCGAACGUCUCUUCCGUGAAUUGCAGAUUGCCCGCAAUUGAGGAAUCGGCUCAACAGGCGGCAGUGGAAGGACUCAUUUUGACAUAUGAAGAUACGACAGUUGGUGUGAAACUGGAUGAAGCAGAUUUCAAGUUGCCAACAGUUUUCAUUUCAUUCGAUACUCUACAGUUUCUAAUAGAACAAGGUACAUUCAACAGUUCGUCCAAUUCAAGCAUUAGUGGCAAUCUGUUCAAGGACAAAUCGUGGAAGGGUGCGGGUAUCUUUCUUCUGGCAGUUAUUGCAACUGUGAAUGUUCUUUGUGCAGUGCUUUUGCAAAAAUACGACAUCAAAUUUGAAGAGAAAAAAAGGUUGUUUGCGGCUCAGCUGAUCCUGAACCAGGAACCUGAUGUCGAUGAAGCCAACGGAGAAAAUGUGACUGCUUUAAACGAGUCGUCCUCUCACGAAGAUGAAAGUGCGAACACAGUUGGGAACCAGGACGAAGAAACUGAUGCGAACGCAAUGUUGAACAGCCAUGAAAGUGGCAAUGGAGGUGAAGUUGCAAUUGGCGAAGACAAUGGCAAUGAGUCGGCGGAAGAGAAUGCAAGGCAUAAAAGGAGACAAAAGAGUGCGAAGUCGAGUUGUGGACGACUUGGCUCGAACAAGACAGUAGAGAUGGUGUCUUCAGUGCUCUCUAUUCUGUUUGCUCUACUGAUCGUAGUGACUGCUCUAGUGCUCAUAUUCUUGUUCCACGAUGUUCUUUGGUGGGUGAUGGUGGUGCUGUACAUCUUCUUCUCUGCCCUCUCUUUCUCCUCAUUCGGAACUAGACUCUUCGACAGAUUCACAUUUUCUCUGCAGCUGCAGCCACUAGGGUCAAAGCUUGUGUUCUUUGCCCGAGUGGUGCCUGGAUUUCUUAUCGGAGCUGCUUUGGGCCUCUGUUGGCUGUUCUUCAUCGAUAAACAGUGGAUUUGGAUCCUCUGGGAUGUUCUUAGCUUCUCAAUAUGCAUUUACGUCCUCAGUAGAUCGAAGAUGCCCUCAUUCAAGUGGCUGGCUGUUCUGAGUGUGGUGUUUCUGGUGUAUGACGCAAUAGCAGUCUACGUCACGCCCCUUUUCACCCAAUCAGGAAAGAGCAUAAUGGAGGAGGCGGCCACAGGGUCCGCAGGAUCAGGAGCAGGGGGCAAAGGGGACCCAGAUCCCAGUCAGUUUUUGCCCAUGUUGUUUCUGGCUGAGCUGUCAUCACUCUGGAAUUUCAACUCACCAGACUCGCCUUGCGUACAGAUCUCAUUCAACAUCCUGGGCAUGGGCGAUGUGAUCGUACCUGGCUUAAUGAUUGUUCACGCGGGAGUGUUCGGACUUCUACAGUCGAAGAAACCAAGUGCAGUCUAUGUAUUCGUUGCCAUAACAGCGUAUGCGUUGAGUUUCGCUUGUGUGUUUGUGAGUCUGACUGUGAUGCAGUCGGCACAGCCUGCGCUGGUGUUCAUGGUGCCACUCUGUCUGUCCUCAAUCCUCACAACAGCCGCUCUCAGAAAAGAGUUUAAGCAGCUCAUGGCCUCUACAAAUGGCACAGAACUUGUUCGAACAACCAGAUCAGAACCCCUACCCAGUGGAGACAGGAGGAGACCUGAAGCAAACUUUGAUAAGGGCGAAGAGGGAGCUACUAGAGACAGUCAUCACUUGCAGCAACAAAACGAUAAUGACGCGGAUGAGUUAAACGUGUGAAGAUUGGUUUAACGAAGAUUUGUUUGUUCAUAUCUAAAAAACUGUGCUAUCGAACUGCCAUGUCAAUAUUUUCGCCGAUAUUUGAUGUUAGGUUCUAGUAUUUGUGCAUGUUCUGUAAAUAAAAUAUCUAAUUUUUGAUGAAAUCUCGUAUUUAGA